AUGAUUCAUGAAGAAACUGCCAAUGACUCCAGGUUUUGGCCCCCUCAACAAAUCUAUCAGGACAUUAGGAAUCAAACUACCAUCUCUGAUUUUCUCCUCCUGGGCUUUUCUGAACAUCCAGAGCAGCAAACCCUUCUGUUCGGGCUCUUCCUAGGAAUGUACCUGGUCACCCUCUUGGGGAACCUGCUCAUCAUCCUGGCCAUUGGCUGUGACCAGCACCUCCACACCCCUAUGUACUUCUUCCUGGCCAAUCUGUCCUUUAUUGAUACCUGUUUCACCUGUACCAUUGUCCCCAAAGUGUUAGUGAACAUUCACACACGGCACCACACCAUCUCCCGCACUGGGUGCCUCGUGCAGAUGUACUUCUUCAUGGCCCUGGCGCUGCUGGAUGACUUCCUGCUGGCUGUGAUGGCAUACGAUCGCUAUGUGGCCAUCUGCCUUCCUCUGCAUUACACCACCAUCAUGUGUCUCCAACGAUGCCUGCUGCUGGUGACUACCUGCUGGCUCUUCUCCAACCUCCUAGCUUUUUCCCUCACUCUCCUGAUGGCUCAAGUCUCCUUCUGUGCCUCCCAUUCCAUCCCACAUUUUUUCUGUGAUCUUCUUCCCCUACUUAAACUUGCCUGCUCAGAUACCCACACCUUUCAUUUCAUGAUGUUCACUGACACUGCCCUCUCGGGUGUGGUCCCUCUUGUCUGUGUCUUGGUCUCUUAUGCUCACAUCAUACACACCAUCCUCAGGAUUCCCUCUGCUGGGGGGAAGCAUAAAGUCUUCUCCACCUGUGGUUCUCAUCUGACAGUUGUCACUCUCUUCUAUGGAACUGUAUUUCUGGUUUAUUUCCAGCCUUCAUCCUCCUAUUCUGCAGAUACUGGAAUGGUGGCAUCUAUUGUAUAUACAAUGGUCACCCCUAUGUUAAAUCCUUUUAUCUACAGCCUAAGAAACAAGGACAUGAAGGGAGCUUUGUGGAGACUUCUUGUUCUUUACUUCCCUUCACUAAAAUGGGUUCUCAGCGAAGCCUUUCCUCUGUCUGGGAUGAAGGUUUUACCUUCUUCCUCAAAAAUGCAGUCCCAGAUAGGACCAUCGACUAAAAAUUCAGAGAACCUGGAAAUGCAUCCUACCAAACUUCUCCAGUCUUCCCAGGCACCAAAGAGUGAGUCAUCCCUGAUAUUCCCCUGCCUCCAGCUGUCACAGAGUCUCCAAAGGACAUACAGAGUCUCCAUGGACUCUGGCACAGCAGAGAGGGAAGAAGAAGGCAGGAGGAAAACAGAAAGAGGCCAUUCCCUCAGGGCCCAGGAUGACUAUAAUUUCCCCUGUUCCUACUGCUGGAGUGGGGCAUGUCCCUGCUGUCUCUCCAAAGGCUGGACUGAAGCUGUUCAGCUGGAAGAAUAUCCCAUCCACCUCCACUUCUUGAUGAAGAAAUGGAGAGGCACUCGACGCAGCUCUGCUCCUCCCUUGGUAAAGGUUGACGCCACUCCUGAACCUACUGAAACUAUCAAUAGGAUGUUUGGCCAUGAUGAAUAG